AUGGGGACCAGCACUGGGAGGAGGGCACCACCACUGCGGCUGCUGCUGCUGGCUGUGGCCAUCAUGGCCUCUCCAGCUGGGAGCUCAGCCCGGGGGUCCCCGGCCACCUUCGGCCCCAUCUUCGAAGACCAGCCGCUCAGCCUGCUGUUCCCAGAGGAGUCCACGGAGGAGAAGGUGACGCUGGCAUGCCGGGCCCGGGCCAGCCCUCCGGCCACCUACAGGUGGAAGAUGAACGGCACUGAGAUGAAGCUGGAGCCCGGCUCCCACCACCAGCUGGUGGGCGGCAACCUGGUCAUCAUGAGCCCCACCAAGGCCCAGGACGCUGGCGUCUACCAGUGCCUGGCCUCCAACCCCGUGGGCACCGUGGUCAGCAGGGAGGCCGUCCUGCGCUUCGGCUUCCUGCAGGAAUUCUCCAAGGAGGAGCGGGACCCGGUGAAAACCCACGAGGGCUGGGGAGUGAUGCUGCCCUGUAACCCCCCCGCCCACUACCCAGGCCUGUCCUACCGCUGGCUCCUCAACGAGUUCCCCAACUUCAUCCCGACGGAUGGGCGGCACUUCGUGUCCCAGACCACGGGGAACCUGUACAUCGCCCGCACCAACGCCUCCGACCUGGGCAACUACUCCUGCCUGGCCACCAGCCACAUGGACUUCUCCACCAAGAGCGUCUUCAGCAAGUUCGCGCAGCUCAACCUGGCCGCCGAAGACCCCAGGCUCUUCGCGCCCAGCAUCAAGGCCCGCUUCCCCGCAGAGACGUACGCGCUGCUGGGCCAGCAGGUCACCCUGGAGUGCUUCGCCUUUGGGAACCCUGUCCCCCGGAUCAAGUGGCGCAAGGUGGACGGCUCCUUGUCCCCGCAGUGGGCCACGGCCGAGCCCACCCUGCACAUCCCCAGCGUGGGCUUCGAGGACGAGGGCACUUAUGAGUGUGAGGCGGAGAACUCCAAGGGCCGAGACAGCGUCCAGGGCCGCAUCAUCGUGCAGGCCCAGCCCGAGUGGCUCAAGGUGAUCUCUGAUAUGGAGGCUGACAUCGGGUCCAGCCUGCGCUGGGGCUGCGCGGCCGCCGGCAAGCCCCGGCCCACAGUGCGCUGGCUGCGGAAUGGGGAGCCUCUGGCCUCCCAGACGCGGGUGGAGGUGCUGGCCGGGGACCUGCGGUUCUCCAAGCUGAGCCUGGAGGACUCGGGCAUGUACCAGUGCGUGGCGGAGAACAAGCAUGGCACCAUCUACGCCAGCGCUGAGCUGGCCGUGCAAGCACUGGCCCCCGACUUCAGGCUGAACCCCGUGAGGCGCCUGAUCCCUGCCGCCCGGGGCGGGGAGGUCACGAUCCCCUGCCAGCCCCGGGCAGCCCCGAAGGCCAUGGUGCUCUGGAGCAAAGGCACCGAGAUCCUGGUCAACAGCAGCAGAGUGACAGUAACCCCGGAUGGCACCUUGAUCAUAAGAAACAUCAGCCGGUCAGAUGAAGGCAAAUACACGUGCUUCGCUGAGAACUUCAUGGGCAAAGCCAACAGCACGGGCAUCCUGUCUGUGCGAGAUGCGACCAAGAUCACGCUCGCCCCCUCCAGUGCCGACAUCAACCUGGGCGACAACCUGACCUUGCAGUGCCACGCCUCCCACGACCCCACCAUGGACCUCACCUUCGUCUGGGCCCUGGACGACUUCCCCAUCAACCCUGACAAGCCCGGGGGUCACUACCGGAGGGCCAGCGUGAAGGAGACAGUCGGAGACCUGACCAUCCUGAAUGCCCAGCUGCGCCAUGGCGGGAAGUACACCUGCUCGGCCCAGACGGUGGUGGACAGUGCAUCCAAGGAGGCCACCGUCCUGGUCCGAGGUCCCCCGGGCCCCCCGGGAGGCAUGGUGGUAAGGGACAUCGGCGACACCACUGUCCAGCUCAGCUGGAGCCGAGGCUUUGACAACCACAGCCCCAUUGCCAAGUACACCCUGCAAGCUCGCACUCCGCCUGCGGGGAAGUGGAAGCAAGUUCGGACCAAUCCCGCCAACAUCGAGGGCAACGCGGAGACUGCCCAGGUGCUGGGCCUCACGCCCUGGAUGGACUAUGAGUUCCGGGUCAUCGCCAGCAACAUCCUGGGCACUGGGGAGCCCAGUGGGCCCUCCAGCAAGAUCCGGACCAAGGAAGCAGCCCCCUUCGUGGCACCCUCGGGGCUCAGCGGAGGUGGCGGAGCCCCCGGCGAGCUCAUUGUCAGCUGGACGCCCAUGUCACGGGAGUACCAGAACGGAGACGGCUUCGGCUACCUGCUGUCCUUCCGCAGGCAGGGCAGCGCCAGCUGGCAGAGCGCCCGGGUGCCCGGCGCCGACGCCCAGUACUUCGUCUACAGCAACGAGAGCAUCCGGCCCUACACGCCCUUCGAGGUCAAGAUCCGCAGCUACAACCGCCGAGGGGACGGGCCCGAGAGCCUCACUGCCCUCGUGUACUCGGCGGAGGAAGAGCCCAAGGUGGCCCCAUCCAAGGUCUGGGCCAAGGGGGUCUCAGCCUCAGAGAUGAAUGUGACCUGGGAAGCGGUGCCGCCGGACAUGAACGGGGUCCUCCUGGGCUACGAGAUCCGCUACUGGAAAGCCGGGGACAAAGAAGCGGCUGCAGACCGUGUGAGGACGGCAGGGCUGGACACCAGCGCCCGAGUCACUGACCUGCACCCCAACACCAAGUACCAUGUGACCGUGCGGGCCUACAACCGGGCGGGCACUGGGCCUGCCAGCCCCUCUGCCAAUGCCACCACCAUGAAGCCCCCCCCACGGCAACCCCCCGGCAACAUCUCCUGGACGUUCUCGAGCUCCAGCCUGAGCAUUAAGUGGGACCCUGUGGUCCCUCUGCGCAAUGAGUCUGCCGUCACCGGCUAUAAGAUGCUGUACCAGAACGACCUGCACCCGACUCCCACGCUGCACCUCACCAGCACGAACUGGAUCGAAGUGGCCGUGCCCGAGGACACCGGCUACGCCCGGGUGCAGAUCCGGACCACGGGGCCCGGAGGGGACGGGACCCCGGCCGAAGUCCACAUCGUGCGGAACGGAGACACAAGCAUGAUGGUGGAGAACUCCGCAGUCCGCCCGGCCCCGCGCCCCGGCACCGUCCUCUCCCACUCGGUGGCCAUGCUGGUCCUCAUCGGCCACCUGGAGCUCUGACCUCGGCGCCCCUCCCUCCGCCGCCGCCGGACACCACCUCCGAGGAUGCAGCCAGCUGGCCCGGCCACUCCCGAUGCCAACAUGGCCCAACACUGUGCCUGAGACUGGCUGGUUUCAACACCUACUGUAGACAGCGCCCUUUCUGUAGGAGGCAGGAUACUUCACAUUCUGCCACAGGCUAGAACCCGUGCGAGGAUUUUUUUAUUUUAUUUAUUUUUUAAAUCAAGAAGCACCAGGCAGUCAUUUCCAAGAUGAUACGGAACCCGUGCCGGGCCCUCUGGGGUGUCGGGCCUGUGGGGAGAAGGGCACCUGAAACAUUCCCUUCAUAUCUGUGGAGAUGGCGUCCUGGGACCGCAGACGGGCUCUGUCCCCUGAGGGCAGCACCCCAGACUCGGCAGGAGUGCUGGGGGUGACCCCGCUGAAGUGGAGCAAGGCCUACCCAUGAGCACCCCUCAGUCCAAGGAGAGAGCCCCCCCCCCGGGGACCAAGCACCCUCCUACUUCCUCGAGGGGUGGCAUGGCUGGGCCCUGGCAUUGCCCUCGAUGACGCCCUGGAGGUUCCUGCCACCUGACCAGGUGGCUGAGCACGGGGGCCCUGAGGGCCGAGCCCCUGCAGCCUUCCAGACACAAGCAUGCAGAGACUCGGACUGGGGGGGAGGGGAGCCAACAGGGACUGAGGGGCGGGACACCUGGUGGGGAGGGGCACCAGACUUAGCCAACACUGCCAACCCGACCUGUCACCCAGAGUGACGGCCGCCAUUCCAGGUGGCGGGGUGAUGAAAGGGCUUGUCUUAGGGCGGUCCCCCACCCACCCACCGAGACCCACUCUGCGCAGUCCCUCCAGGGUUGGGCAGGAGACGGGAGACAGGGGUGAGUGCCCACCCUCCCCUCCAGCGCGGCCUGCAGGCCCAGGACUCCACUCCCCCGGCACCGACCCCCUCCCCUGGGAGAGUAGAGGGCAGAGCCCUGAGGACGGCGGAGGGUAGACGUUCCCCUGCCUGCUCCCGGGAAAACCCGGGCACCUGGCAAGACCAGUGCCCCGGGUUGCCUCAGGCUGCCCUUUUGCAUUUCUCCAGAAGCAAGGGGGUUAAUAAAUGGGACCUCCGGCCUUGGGCUCUGGGUAUAUUGCCAGAACAUCCAGGCUUUAGAGCUCACCUGUCCGAGCCCCUCCCUUCACAGGUGAAGGCACUGAGAUCGAAAGGGUCAGGGUCACACAGCGUGCCCGCGACCACGGGGCCCAGAUGAGAACUCCAGCCCCUUCUUAAGGAGGGCGUGGAAAAUUCUGCUUCUAGAGAAUCUGGUGGGUGAUCGAGCAGCCGGGCUGGGCCCAACCCAAGGUGUGGGCAGGUCCUGGGAGACACCAGGCCUUUGCCUCCGGAGCCUCGCUUCUGUCAGACCUCACUCUGCAGUGCUGGCUUGAAGCCCCCGGGCCCCUGACCCUUGUUCCCAGAGGCCGAGGCUGGGGCAGGGACUCCCGGAGCCCGGGGGCCAGCGGCGGCCCAACCUGUGCUGACUGGUGGCCGCUGACAUCCCCGAGCAGCAGGACCGGCAUCGUGUAGGGGACGGGCCCCCACGCCUGGUGUUUGCCGUUUACAGUCAGAGCCCUAUUUUGCUAUGGUUUUUUAAACAUUCAGGUCCUGCUCUGUUUUCCUGAGCAGGCUUAUGUUGAUGUGUUUACCCACUACCGUUUUUUUUUGUUGUUGUUGUUGUUUUUUGUUUGUUUUCAAAAAUGCAAACUCACACCUCUUCUCCCCACCACCCACCCCAGCUCAGGACUGCCUCCCUGGAGACACCAGAUCACAUCCCCUCACCUGCUCCCGCCCCCCCCCCCCCCUCACCUGCCAGGUGCUGGGCUCAGCUCUGUGACCCCUCAGGGACCACGAACUUGGCCUCACCUCCGGGCUGACCUCGGGGGCGGUGGUUCCGCCAUGCCUUGCUCUGUCAGAAAGGGGAUGCUCGAAGGAGGCAGCCUUCCAAGGUCUAGCUGAGUCUGUCCUCACGGCCAGGGGAGCAGGGGACAGGCGCCUGUGCUGGGCCCAGAGGGAGGAAGAGUAUGGCACGGUGUCUAACCAGCGCAGCUGGAGGCUGCAUGCAGUCCUGAGUCAACAGACACCACCAGUGUCUUAGCUCUGAGGAGGCCCAUUAGGAGGAAGUCCGGCCUCUGGGAGCUGGGGAGGGGUUCUCACUGGGGAAACCCAGUCCUAGGGAGAGCGAACCCCUGUGCGGGGAGGACCUGUCCCAGGGAUGCGGGACUACCCUGACACCACGUCCUGGCAGCUGGAGACUUCAGGUAGAGCUCAGGUUUCGUGAUGACACGCAGGUUUGGGCAAUAGAACAGCCUCCUGGACAGGAGCUCGCUGGGGGCAGAGUGAGAUGGUUUUUCAGUCUUCCUGCCCAGAGGCCUCCGAUUUUCAUCUCCUCUGCUGCUCCAUUCUGGGUCUCCCUCUCCCCUCCCAGGCCCGAGCAGCAAGUACUGUCCCCCACAGUUCAGUGGCCAGUAAGUGCCUUGAAAACUGGGGACAGAGACAGCCCGCGGACACCACUUCAGGGCCCAGGCGAGUCUCUCUGCUGUGUCCUUGGGCUCGGGGCUCCUCACCGUGACCUUGGCUACCUGGCCUCGUGGCUCUGGCAGGCCCAGGGAGGGCAGCUCUCUGGGGAUGGGGUCUUGGGGCCCAGCAAGGUCAGUUGUCUACUGCCACCCAAUGAUCCAGAUGCUGCCAAGAAACAGAAGGGCCAGGCCGGGGGGCUUUUUCUUUUGACGAAGAGCCUGAAGUGAGACGGAAGCGUCUGCAGGGAGAGCCUGAAUAGCAAGAAGCCUCUACCUUCCUAAGAAAGCCGUGAGGAAUGUGGGCAGCUGGGGUCCAGUGAGUGAGGACUGGAGGGUGGGGAGAUGCUGAGGGGUGUCCCUCCAGGGCCCACAUCCUUAGAGCCAAACGUGCCGGCACAGGAGUCCUGGAGCGCCCAUCGGCUGUGCCCCUGCCACAUCACAGAGGGCGGAGGCUCACCCAGGCAGCCGAUGCCCAGCAGGCACUGCCUCCUGGCCAUCUGAGAGCCACCCAGGCUGUGCUCUGGACAAGAGCCCAGGCUGGUUGACGAUUUUACUCCCGCAUCCCUUUCCCAGCCAGAGGACUGUCCUCCUGGCCUCAGAAUGACUGCCACCUGGGCUCCUGUCGCAGGGACAGCAGUGUCCUCACUCCUGCCCUGAGGCCCAGGAGUGGUGCCCAUUUCCCCGGGCAGGCCUCCCCUGGGCUCUGUCCUGGGGAUGAGUGAGGUGGCCAGAGGCUCCUGGAGGGGGGUGGGGGACUGGCAAGGCAUUCUAAAGGGACGUCAAUGGGCCCCAGGGAAAGCGGUGCCUGGUGGCUGUCUAUGUAUAUGGUCAUAGUUUGGGGAAGGUACAGUAGAAGGGAACUGGAGAAGGGGAAGAAGGACAAGCAGCUUUGCCUAGAGCCGGGAAGCCUCAUGCCCUUGUGGGCUGGGCCCUGCCUUGGUCCCCGCACUCCAACUUACCCACCUCUCCAGGGCUUGCGAAGCUUAGAAAGGCUCCGGGCCCGCAAGGCCUGGGGCUUCUUCGGACCACGGACCUGGCUCGGUGUUUGUUCAGACAGAACCACUCCCACUGGCCCGUUGUCUCUCUCUCUCUCUCUCUGUCUCUCUCUCUCUCUGUCUCUCUUUUGUACUUCUUGUAAUGAUAGUUAUUGACUCUGGUAGCAGGCAGUUCUGAAAUAAAGACGGUUUCUCCACCUGUGGAGGCAGCC